AUGUUAUCUGGGUUGAUGAACUUUUUGAGGGCCUGUUUCCGGCCAAGGUCCGAUCGAUAUGUUCACACGAAUUCAGACACUGGUGGUCGCCAAGACGGGCUGUUGUGGUACAAAGAUCACGGGCAGCACGUAAAUGGUGAAUUUUCUAUGGCAGUAGUGCAGGCCAACAAUUUACUUGAGGAUCAGAGUCAGCUUGAGUCAGGAAGUUUGAGCUUAAACGACUCUGGCCCAUAUGGUACUUUUGUUGGUGUUUAUGAUGGACAUGGGGGGCCUGAGACAUCACGCUACAUCAAUGAUCACCUCUUUCAGCAUCUUAAGAGGUUUACUUCGGAGCAACAAUCAAUGUCAGUGGAAGUGAUACGGAAGGCAUUUCAAGCAACAGAAGAGGGUUUUCUCUCUCUUGUUACUAAACAGUGGCCUACAAAACCACAAAUUGCAGCAGUUGGUUCCUGCUGCCUGGUUGGUGUUAUCUGUAAUGGAACCCUUUACAUUGCAAACCUCGGUGAUUCACGUGCUGUUUUGGGUAGAGCUGUGAAGGCAACAGGGGAAGUUCUGUCUAUUCAGCUAUCUGCUGAACACAAUGCUUGCAUUGAGUCUGUGAGACAGGAACUGCAGGCUUUGCAUCCAGAUGACUCACAUGUUGUAGUUUUAAAACACAACGUAUGGCGUGUAAAAGGUCUUAUACAGGUUUCCAGAUCUAUUGGUGAUGUAUAUUUGAAGAAGGCAGAGUUCAACAGGGAACCUUUAUAUGUUAAGUUUCGACUCCGUGAACCUUUCAAAAAGCCAAUAUUGAGUGCAGAACCGUCAAUUUCAGUGCACCAGUUGCAGCCUCACGAUCAAUUUAUUAUAUUUGCCUCUGAUGGCCUUUGGGAGCACCUAAGCAAUCAAGAAGCAGUUGAUAUUGUUCAAAAUCAUCCACACAAUGGAAGUGCAAGGAGGCUGGUAAAAGCUGCCUUGCAAGAAGCAGCAAAGAAGAGAGAAAUGAGAUAUUCAGACUUGAAGAAGAUCGAUCGCGGUGUACGGCGGCAUUUCCACGAUGACAUUACUGUGAUUGUUGUGUUUCUUGACUCGAAUCAGGUAAGCAGGGCUAGCUCAGUCAAGUGCUCCAAUAUAUCCGUUAGAGGAGGUGGAAUCAGUCUGCCUCCCAACACGCUGGCUCCUUGUACCACACCAACGGAAGCUGGCACUUCUGAAAGAGAUAAUGAGGAGCCACCCUUCAAUUCUUUAAUGUACACUGUAACUUUUAACCGGAUCUCAUACUUGAAUUUAGCUUCUGUGCGAAAAACCCUAGAACUGGUGAAGUACAAGCCUCUAGCACAGGGGCAAAGUUUCAGCGAUUUUCAACUCGGGUUCCGGCAGAUUCUUGUACAGGGUUUUCAUGGAGACACUGUGCACUGGAAGCAGUCCUCUCUUGGGGGGACAAAUGAUUAG